AUGGCGAGCACAGCAGCAGAUCUGGCCCGGUUGAAGACCCGGGAGGAGGAGGAGGGCAGUCUGAAGGCGGUCCAGUUCCAGCAGCAGGACUUCCAGCAGCUGCGGGCUGAGAGUCUGAAUAGCGGAGAGCUGUUCUGUGACCCGGUCUUCCCUGCAGACUGCGAGUCUCUGGGGUUCAACACUCUGGGUCGGUACUCCUCCAGAACCAGAGGCAUCGAGUGGAAGAGACCCACGGAGCUGAGUUCAGAUCCUCAAUUUAUCGUUGAUGGAGCGAAAAGAACGGACAUCUGUCAGGGAGCGCUGGGUGACUGCUGGCUGCUGGCGGCCUUGGCCUCUCUGACUCUGGACCCCCAGAUUUUGGACAGAGUGGUACCUCCCGGACAGAGCUUCAGCUCGCAGUACGCCGGGAUAUUCCACUUCCAGUUCUGGCAGUUCGGGGAGUGGGUGGACGUUGUGAUCGACGACCGGCUGCCGGUGAAAGACGGAGAGCUGCUGUUCGUUCACUCUGCUGAGGGGAAGGAGUUCUGGAGCGCUCUGCUGGAGAAAGCCUACGCCAACCACCACCGAAGGCUUCGAGGAUUUCACUGGAGGAAUCGCUGAGGUCCACGAGCUGAGCAGCCCCGACCCACAUCUGUUCCACAUCAUCCAGAAGGCCCAGAACCGAGGGUCCCUGAUGGGCUGCUCCAUAGACAUCACCAGCUCCACGGACUCGGAGGCCGUGACUCGGCAGAAGCUGGUGAAAGGCCACGCCUACUCUGUGACAGGUGCAGAUCAGGUGGAGUAUCGUGGCAACACGGAGAGGCUGAUCCGGAUCAGGAACCCGUGGGGUCAAGUGGAGUGGACCGGAGCCUGGAGCGACAGCUCGCCUCAGUGGCGUGAGGUCAGCGACGAGGACCGGGACCGCCUGAGUCUCCGUGCUGAGGACGGAGAGUUCUGGAUGUCUUUCUCUGACUUCCUGUCACAUUACUCCCGGCUGGAGAUCUGCAACCUGACUCCCGACGCUCUGAGCGACGAGUCCGUCUCCAAGUGGGCUCUGACCAAGUUCGAUAGCAGCUGGAGGAGAGGAUCCACGGCCGGAGGGUGCAGGAACUUCCCCGAUACGUUCUGGAUCAACCCUAACUUUGUGAUCAAGCUGGACGAGGAGGACGACGACCCGGAUGACGGAGAGUCCGGCUGCAGCUUGGUGGUGGGUCUGAUCCAGAAGAACCGCAGGCGCAUGAGGAAGAUGGGCGAGGACAUGCACACCAUGGGGUUCGCCAUCUACGAGGUUCCUGACGAGUGCCGCGGUCAGAGGAACGUCCGGCUGAGGAAGAACUUCUUCCUGCGCCACGCCUCGGCCGCCCGCUCCGAGACCUUCGUUAACCUGCGGGAGGUCAGCAACCGCUUCGUGCUGCCGCCGGGAGAGUACCUGAUCGUCCCGUCCACCUUCGAACCGCACAAGAACGGAGACUUCCACGUCCGGGUGUUCUCCGAGAAACAAGCCGAGUUCCAAGAGCUGGACGACCCCAUCGAGAGCAGAGUGGAGAAGAUCGAGAUCGAUGAGGACGAUGUGGGCGAUCGCUUCAGGAAUCUGUUUGGACAGCUGGCAGGAGGGGACUGUGAGAUCUCCGCCUUCGAGCUGCAGAAGAUCCUCAACAGAGUCGUCACCAAACGUUCAGACAUCCAGACCAGUGGCUUCAGUCUCCCCACGUGUCGGAACAUGGUCAACAUGCUGGACAAAGACGGCACUGGGAAACUCGGUCUGGUGGAGUUUAAAAUUCUGUGGACCAAAAUCGAGAAGUACCUGACUGUGUACCGGGACAAGGAUGUGGAUAACUCGGGGACCAUGAGCUCUGCUGAGAUGAGGUCAGCUGUGGAGGAAGCAGGCUUCCUGCUCAACAACCCCCUCCAUCAGAUCCUCGUGGCUCGGUACAGCGAGCCGGACCUCACCAUCGACUUCGACAACUUCGUGGGCUGCCUGGUCCGCCUGGAGGCCAUGUUCAACACCUUCUCUGUUCUGGACACGGAUCAGUCGGGCUCCAUUGAGCUCACUUUGCUGCAGUGGCUCAGCGUGUCUCUGCUCUGAGUUCUGGUCCUGGUUCUGGUCCUGGUCCUGGUCCUGGUCUCAGCUGAUUGACAGACUGAAUUAUUGUCAGUGUGGUGAUGGUGUUUAGUUAUUGUCUCAAUAUGUAUAUUGUGGUGUCAGGAGAGAGACCUCGUUGAUGAUGACUGACUCAUACGGGUCUCCAACUAUGUUUAAUACCUGAGGUCACCUGUACGAGUCAUUCAUCGUUAACGAGGUCAUCUGUAUAAAUCAUUAAUAAGCCGCUAACGCUAUAAUAGAAACUGUUGUCAGGUUUUCAUAAAGGGGAACAGAACAGCAAAUAGGAAGCCUCCCUCUCUCUGAGCUGAGCUCUGAUUGGCUGAUUGAUAAACAGCUUAAAUGUUUAGUUUUUCAUGGGAAAUAGUGGUCGAACGCCAGUUUGGCAAUAACCUGCUAAGAUUGGAUGAUAAAGGGUGAAUAAAGUAGAAACACUGGUGCCUUAUAUAAUAAUGUGUAAAAUGUAUCUUGCUAAUUCCUUAAUAAAGACAAUGAAUGAG